AUAUAUGUCAUAUGACAUAUAUGACAUCAUAUAUUAGUUCGAUGUGCGAUGACGUUCAAAAUUUCUCCCCUCUAUCGCGAGAAUAAAAACGCAGCGCGAAAAAGAAGAGUAGAAGAAGAGAAGGAAGAAGAAGAAGAAGAAGAAGAAAAAGAAGAAGAAGAAAAAGAAGAAGAAAAGGCGCGCGAAACGAGGACGACGUGCAGGAACAUUCCUCACCGAUCGGCGCUUUCGUUUCCCGACUUCGUCAUCGUCGUCGUCGGCCAUACUGGACCGAUAACAGUGCACCGAUAGUCUCUCUAUAUCGAUUAAUUAAAGAGGAAAAAAAGGUUACGCUCCCUAUUAUGUCGCCUCUACGACGUGCGCCGACGAACGGGCGGCUCCGGGGAUCCCUCCAACGAGGCGAUGGCUUGCGAGGCGUGCAGUGCGAAGUUCAAUUUGUUCAAGAGAAAAAAACAGUGUGCAGAUUGCCUGAGGCACUUCUGCUCGGAAUGCGUGAUCAAACGACUGGACAAGGUGUUUACCUGCGAGAGCUGUGGAAUACUAUCGAGGAGGCCACUUGUGAGGAAUCAGAUCAGGCAGAUGCGCUGCAAGGAUUUACGACAGUAUCUUGUGGCAAAGAAGGUCUCUAUCAAGGGAUGUGUUGAGAAAGAAGACUUGGUACAUUUACUAAUGCUCUUUGCUAACGGAACUGACCCUUGCUCUAGUACUGACUAUAGUACAAGGACGCAAAACGCUGCUGAAGAGCAAUUUUCUAGAGUAUAUCCCUCCUUCGACAGACCAGAAAAUCUUCCAAAUGUCAGUACUGCAAAUGAUGAAAUGCAUGAGGACGAGCAGGCACAAGCACCAGCAAGAAGCGAAGACGUCGAAAUGGCGGAAGAGGCAAGUGAGAGUAGUCAUAGCAGUCCGAUUAUUAGCGUGCCACUUAGCGAUAGCGAAUCACCCGAGGAGGGACCGACGAAAAGUAGUAGUAACGAUACAAGAGUUGAGAUACAGGAAAUUUCGGAAACCGACAGCAGUCCAGUCGAACCCAAUAAUGCAGCAGAACCGUUAAUUACCGAACAUGAGGAAAUUUCUGAAGCGUCGAACGAAGAAAAAAAAUCGGAUAUGGUUACAGAAAUUCCCAUGUGGUCGGAUAAAGUACAACUGUCGGAUAUAAAGGAGGCGUCGGAAUUAGAGUAUCUAAAUGUUAAACAAUUAAAAAAUCUGUUGAGUACAAAUCGCGUAGAUUACAAAGGUUGCUUAGAAAGGCAAGAGUUAUUGAACAGAGUGUCCAGAUUGUGGCAGGAGUACACACAAUCUAGACAAGAUGUUGAAAAACUCAGUGAAGAGGAACUGUGCAAAAUUUGCUGGGACGCUCCGAUCGAAUGCGUGAUUUUAGAAUGCGGUCAUAUGGCCUGCUGCAUAAACUGCGGUAAACAAAUGUCCGAAUGUCCGAUAUGCAAGCAGUACGUCGUCCGUGUUGUGCGCUUCUUCAAAGCCUAAUGAGGCAACGAGCAGAGAGUAUAGCAACAUGCAGUUAAGAUCUUUAUUAUCUCGAGCAUCAUUUGUCACAUCAAAUAGAUUGAUUUCACGACUAUUAUUGAAUCAAUCUACGACAAGGAAUCGAUUUAUGAAACACCAAGCUCUUGCAUGAUAAAUCUAUCGGUUCACUUUGGUGAUUAAUGACAAAUCAUAUGUAAUAUAGACGAGACGUUUUAGAUGCGCGACAGUCCGUAUUUUUAUUAAAUUCAGAUGGAUUCAUUACAUAUCCUCUCGCCAUCUGAAAUUUAGUUCUUUUCCGAGGCGGAAACCAGUAUACAAUCGAUUUUUUCUAUUCUAGUAUUGUUGGAUACUGUAGACAUAGUAUAAAUAGACUCAGAAUUGGUGUAAGGAACAGAUAAAAGGAGAAUAUAGCUAAAAGUUAAUGAAAAAAAAUCAAGCUUGUUAGAAUUGACUUCAGUUAUAUCAAUGUCAAAUUGUAAUUUUGCUAGAAGUUACUGCGCAAAUACAUAUUUUAUUCUUUUUUUUUUUUUUUUUACUUAUUGUUAGUCCUUAAAUUAAAGGAAAUAUUUAAUUUUUUUAAAUAUAGAGAACAAUUGGUCUAUUUAUAUUAUGUCUACGAACGAAAGAGAGAUUCCUCUAUUCUAUAAUUACUGUGCAAGUACAUCUUUUAGUCUUUUUUUUUUUUUUUUUACCUAGUCCUUAAAUUAAAGGGAAUAUUUAAUUUUUUUUAAUGUAGAGAAUAAUUAGUCUAUUUAUGUCUAUGAUCGAAAGAGAGAUUUCUCUAUUCUAUAAUUUUCUUUUAAUCUGUUCUUCUAUUGCUUACGCAAGAUAAAAAUAUCAUUAUGUGAACUGUCUUUCGUUUUUUUACUUUAAAAUGUUACAUGACAAAUGUGAGCAAUAGGAGAACAGCAUAAUAAAAGUAUCCUUACUUAAGGCCAUUACAAGUAAAAAUAUUUUGGUUGUAACUGUAAAACGUAUGUAAAUUGUAAUUGUAAAACGUAAGCAGUAAACGUUACUACUCGCUGUGAUUGGUCGAUUUGUUUAAAUUUUACAGUUACGACUAAAACUUUUUUACGUGCAAUGGCCUUUAUGAUGUUACAAAAAGGAAAAAUCUAGAAUAGAGGAUAGAAUAGAAGAAAUCGAUUAUAUUUUGAAAUAAAUGUCUAAAUAUGUAUAUUAUCUUAAUAUAUUAGGGUAUAUAUUAUAUUGCGAAUGAAUUUUCGAAAUAUUAGGAAGAAAGAAAGUUUUUAUAUUACAGAGUUGUGCAGAUUUUCCGAGGUAAUUUGACAGCACACUGUGAUUCCGGAAAUUUUGUAAAUUCUGUAUUGUACAGUGUAUCUUUUUUAUGAAAAUAAA